AUGGACGCCAGUGUCAUCCUUCACAAAUACACCCUUGCAGAAGCUCUUCUUCGCAUUGAGAUCUUUACCGAGCCCUUCGAUCUGAUACUGUGGAAGGCAUGGGCAGUCCAGAUGCACGUCCUGCUGAUCUUCAUGGUCCAAGCCCAGUCUGAAGCGGCCAGCGUGGGGAUCAUCCUACCCCUUCCGUGUGAUAUUCCUGUCCUUGCCCAAGUGGAAAUACAUCUUGCAACGGCUCGCACUGUGGAAGCUGGUCGUCGGAUGGUCCCUCAGAUUGCUGACCACCUUUCCGCUGUCAUUCCUCAUAGUUUGACUGUGCGCAUUCUGUAUGAUGACCCCGCUGUCCACGAGGACUUUGGUUUGGGUCACUCACUUCCUGACAUUGGUGCACAGUCAUCCUAUCCCCAUUUCCCUGAAAUCGUGUUCCUUAGUUUUGCUUUAUUGCCAUUAGGAACCUUGCACCUUCAGGUUGAGACAUUGCGCAACGCGACCUGUGAACUGUACAAUGUCAUGCAUGGGAUCACCGGUAGAUGCGAGUUGGCGGAUGGUACUCUGAGGCGGUUGCGGAUCGUAGUUGAGGAGUUAGAAAUAGCAUUCGGGCUCGUAGUGUUCCCUCCUCCGAUAACCAGCUCAGCUGUGGUUCCCACUUUUGUAUAA